UCUGGGAUGACUGGGUGGGAUCAUGAGCAUAUUUUUCCUUGUCCCACCACUCCAAGGAAGAGGACAGCUUGUAGGUGGCUCUGCCCGGAGGAUAACACAAAGAAAGAAAUUGGAAUCUGCCGCUUCGGGACCCAGAUAAAUUGUACAGUGCUGGAAGGUGGCGAUGGCUGUGGCCCUGGGUUGUGCAAUCCAGGCCUCCUUGAAUCAGGGCUCGGUGUUUCAAGAGUAUGAUACCGACUGUGAGGUCUUCCGCCAGCGCUUCCGGCAGUUCCAGUACAAAGAAGCAGCUGGGCCUCAUGAAGCUUUCAACAAACUCUGGGAGCUCUGCUGUCAAUGGCUGAAGCCAAAGAUGCGUUCUAAGGAGCAAAUCUUGGAGCUGCUGGUGUUGGAGCAAUUCCUAACGAUUCUGCCCACAGAGAUAGAGACCUGGGUGAGGGAACAUUGCCCAGAGAACAGAGAAAGAGUUGUGUCACUGAUAGAAGACUUACAGAGAGAACUUGAGAUACCAGAGCAGCAGCUCGAUAGGCAGGAAAUGCUCUUGGAAGAACUGGCACCAGUGGGAAUGGCACACAUACCGCCAAACAUCCACCUGGAGUCACCCCCACUCCAAGUAAUGGGACCUGCCCCGGAGGUCCCAGUGGCAGAGGCGUGGAUCCCACAGGCAGGGCCGCAGGAGCUGAGCUUCGGUGCUGCUGGGGAAGGCCAGCCCUUUCUGGACCCUGGAUAUCCAAUACCAAAACUCGACGUGAGCUUUCCAUUGGAGCAUAGAGAAGAGGCAUGGGUGAAGGAACUACAAGAUUCCAAAGAAAUUAAGCAAUUACUCGAUUCCAAGUUAGGUUUUGAGAUCGGGAUAGAAAAUGAAGAAGCUACUUCAGAAAAACAGAAAAAAAUGGAGAAUAUGUAUCCAUUUAUUGUUACUUUAGAGGGGAAUGCUCUUCAUGGCCCCAUCUUGCAAAAAGACUAUGUACAGUUAGAAAAUCAAUGGGAAACCCCCCCAGAGGAUUUACAGAGAGAUUUAACAAAACUUGUAGAGCAUCAGAACCCCUCAGCAGGAGAGAAACCUGAGAGCUCCAACUUGGAAGAACCCCUCAACCCUAGACCCCAUAAGAAAAAGAGUCCAGGAGACAAACCUCACCGAUGUUCUCAGUGUGGGAAAUGUUUUGCUCGGAAGUCACAGCUUACAGGGCACCAGAGAAUUCAUUCAGGAGAGGAACCUCAUAAGUGCCCUGAAUGUGGAAAAAGAUUCCUUCGUAGUUCAGACCUUUACAGACACCAACGACUUCAUACGGGGGAGAGACCCUAUGAAUGCACGGUGUGUAAAAAGCGAUUCACUCGGCGGUCACACCUUAUAGGGCACCAGAGAACCCAUUCUGAAGAAGAAACAUAUAAAUGCCUUGAGUGUGGGAAAAGCUUUUGUCAUGGAUCAAGUCUUAAAAGACAUCUGAAAACUCAUUCAGGUGAGAAACCUCAUAGAUGUCAUAAUUGUGGGAAAAGUUUUAGUAGGCUGACAGCUCUUACUUUGCACCAGAGAACUCACACCGAAGAGAGACCAUUUAAAUGUAAUUACUGUGGGAAAAGCUUUAGACAGAGACCAAGCCUCGUUAUUCAUUUAAGAAUUCAUACAGGGGAGAAGCCAUACAAGUGUAGUCAUUGUUCUAAAAGCUUCAGACAGAGAGCAGGCCUUAUUAUGCACCAAGUCACUCACUUUAGAGGUCUUCUUUAAGGAUUGUGAAAGGAAACAAGUCCUACAGAGAUUGACAGUAACUCAAAAAACAAAAUCUUAAACCUGCAGCAUCCUGUUUGUCUUGGAAGAAUUUUUUUGUUUGAGCUUAUAAGAACAGCUUUUUUUUCCUACUUUAAAAACCCAUCUUCCAAGUCAUAUGAAUUCUAGAGUAUCCAUCUACUCUUGCAGUUUUCCUAGAUUUGAUUUAUUCUGUCUCUACAACUCUUAUUUUUUUAUUACAUUGAAAAAUUUUGUGAACCAAGCCAACCGUAUCAUAGAUGUAAGCAUAAAAAUAAUGGCAGUCCUUUUCAGGGUAGGGUCAACUAAUGGAUAAUCAUAUUUAUCUGACAUAUCUAUUAUAGCAGCACCAUAAUUAUUCUGCUGUCAUUAUUAAAGGUGAUUAUAUUAGUUUAAAGCUUUAUAUGUGUCCCAAGUGGCAAGAAAGGAGACAGUGUAUUUUAUGAAAUAAUGAAAAUGUGUUAGGAACACAUGGAUGAAGACGAUUUCAUUUGCCUGGUAUGAACUGGGUUCUUUCCAUUGAAAAUUUUAUUUUUGAGGGAAUUAGAAUUUUAAUCUUUACUUUUGAAUUUUGCAAAGUUGGCUAGUCUGCUUAGUUGCAGCCUGGGGUGAUGCCGCUUAGAGCUGAGUAUUGAUUUGAUGAUUUAUUUUGUUCCCAGAAUAAGUCAGCUCUUUGUGGAAGAACCCAUUUGACAGUUGAAGUUAUACAAGUGGAAUCUAAUUUAAUUUAGAUUGACUGAGGAACCAGUGUCCAUUGCUUUUCACUCUCCUUUGCUAUCCAACUAUGUAUCUCUCAGUGCUUUUGAAUUUUACCCAUCCUUUAAUUCAGUGUCUCCCUAAGUGUGUGUCAUAGAACACCUAGUUCUACAAGAUAGUCUGCAAAUAAGUUUGGGCAUCACUUCCUGCUGUUUCUGCUUUGUAGAUUCACAGCGCACGUCAGCAUGUAAGAAUUCUGAGAGGUCCUCUGGUAAAGGCAGAAAAAGCACCUCUUUUGGCUCAGUGUUUUACAGUCCUGUUUGAGCCCAGAACCCUUUUUCAUGUAUACCCAGUAAUGACCCACAGAGCUAGUAUUCUGCAAAUAUUCUUUGGAACACACUGCCUUUAACAGAUAUUUCUAUAGCUAUCUGUAUAGUCUGAUUGUUCCCAAGCCUCGUUAUCUCCAGUUGUCUCAAGGGUGUUAUGAAAAACUCUUUAAACUUAUAUGUUUUUUAUGUAACACACACACACAUUAUUUAAGGAGGUGAAGGUCACUAAUUCAGAUAUUUAUACGUUGCUCAGUGAUUCACAGCCUCUUUGAAUUUUACUUAUAAUCUCACACACACACACAUUGCUACUUAUAUAAAUGUUCUCAUAUGAUAGUGGUAAUGACUCAAGUUCCUGUAGCAAGGGAAGAACUCUCUUUGUCAGGUAAAGCUGUUAAUACAUGAAAAUAUUCAUUCAGCCUAGUUCCUUGUUGUAAAAUACAAGAAAGAGGACAUUCACGUAUUUCCCCUUCAUGAGGCUACCAGUCAUCCUUUCCUUAAACUAGAAUUACGGAAAGAAUAUUUUUUUCUAUUCCAUUGAAGUUCUUGGAAGUGAUAUUUAAUAUAAGCAUUUUGGGGGUAUCUACUAUGUGCCUAACUAGUCCUGUUCUAGGCUUAAUGAAAACUAGUAAAGAAAUUAAUUCAUAAAGAGUUUAUAAUAUCUUUAGUUAAACAAGAGUUGGGAAACAAAUGGAGAGCAAUGCAAGAGAGUUUGUAGUUAAGUGCCAAAUCAUAUCAAGUGCUAGAGCCAGGAUGUGUCUUUCAUUUUUGUCAUCUAGGUCCCAGUAUGAUGCUGCUAUAAGUUUGGGGUUAAAAUUGAGAUCCCAGUAGCAAUAAACAUGGAACAUGGGAGGAGUCUGAAUGUAGAGGUGAAUAAUACCGAAUGUAAUGGCUUCUCUUUUCUCUCUUGUGGAAUUGCAUUCAAUCCAGGACAGUGCCUUAGAAUGGAUGUGCCCAACUGCUCUGUAUCUAUGCAAUAUUUUAAUAAAGUGGAAAUGUA